CCCCAAACUGCCACGAUAUCUCCACUUUGGCCGUUGAUCGUACCAUUACUCACUCUCGUCUGCGACGCCAACUAACAUGUUCUCCGACGAGCUCAAGAAUCUAAGGAAAUUGGGCGUUCGACAUGUUCUCCUUCAGAUUCUCAACUUUGCCUCGGUCAUUGCUUCAGGUCUUAUGAUUUGGAAAGGUCUCGGUCUGGUCACGAAUACUGAAUCGCCCAUUGUCGUCGUACUCAGCGGAUCCAUGGAACCGGCUUUCUACCGUGGCGACCUACUCUUCCUCACGAAUCCUCCUCAUACAAGAUACCAGACCGGCGAUAUCACUGUGUAUAAGAUUCCAGGGCAAGAUAUACCAAUAGUCCAUCGUGUUCUCGAGACCCAUGAUGUUUCGCUAAAACAGCUGAGAUCUGGAAAGCCAUUGAAGGAACCAUCACCAGACGACCAGCUUCUCCUCACUAAAGGCGACAACAACUGGGCAGAUGAUGUCGAGCUUUAUCAGGGGCUCGACUGGCUCGAGCGGCGGCAUAUCGUUGGCAAAGUGAGAGGCUUCCUCCCUUACGUCGGCUACGUGACCAUCGCAAUGAACGACUUCCCGCAACUGAAGUACGCACUCCUGGGUGGCCUGGGGCUACUGGCCCUCACACAACGGGAAUAGAACGUCCAUCAUGACAUCAGGUCCCAACUCGUUGUCCCUUCCGUGCUGUGUCGCUAUCGUUCGCGUCGUUGUAAUUUAUAGAGCGCAUCAUCACGAC